GUUGUCCUGUCCAGCCAACAACUUUUUUGUUAUGGAAAUUGUCUUUACCGCCAUCGUGAUCUUGUAACUUAAGCUGAAACAUUCACUACAUCCAAUAGUGGUACAACUUGAUACGCAAGAAUUAAGAAAAGCGCAACAAAUUUAAACAAACGCUUCUUUUCUUUAGCAUGUGCCACUUUGAUAUUAAAAAGAAAAUUAUGUCAGAAUUAGUCGUGUUCUAACUGCGGUCAGCAAACAGACAAGAGCAAAAAGAAAAGUGUAUACUUUUCACACAGAUAACGUGAAAGCGAGUUUUGUGUGUUUUUAUAAAGAAAAUAAAACAAAAGAUAAUAAUUUAAUAUUCGAAAAUGUUGUUAUUAAUGUUUUGUUUAUAUUGUUUUAGUGUAAAAGCACAAUUAUAUGAAUGGAAUAGACAGGAUCUCAAUUUAUUCGUACAACGUCACAUUAAUAUUGCGCCAGUUAUUAAUUGUCAACUAUUGAGAACAGAUUUUUGUCCACAUAAAUUUUUAACAUUUCAUUUGUAUACAAAGAAAUCGUCACGCCAUGGUAUUGCAUUGAAUAUACACAAUCCAUUGUCAUUAUAUCAAGGUGGUUUCAGUAAACAUCGCGAGACAGUUUUCAUAGUCCAUGGUUUUAAUGGCACUGCCAUCGAUAGGCAUUUGCAGUUUUUAAGGGAUGCGUAUCUAUCUAGAGAUUUUAAUGUCAUCACAGUAGAUUGGAGGCCAUUGACGCAGUAUCCCUGUUAUUUGAGUGCUUUAAUAAAUACCCGAUUGACAGCACAAUGUACGGCCCAGAUAUAUUCAUUUCUUACACAUCAUGGUGCCGCUCGAGAAAAAAUCACUUGUGUUGGUCAUUCAUUAGGUGCCCACAUCUGUGGCAUGGUGAGCAAUCACUUAAGUGUUAAACAAUACAGAAUUAUUGGUCUAGAUCCAGCCAGACCCUUAAUCGAGCGUAAAAAACCCAAUCGUUUUCGUUUAUCAAUGGAUGAUGCCAAUGUUAUACAAAUCUUACAUACAAAUGCUGGAUUUCUGGGUUUAGAAGAUAAUACGGGACAUUUGAAUUACUGUUUAAAUGGUGGAAGACUACAGCCCUAUUGUAAAGGAAAUCCUAUAAGACGUGCUAGAUGUUCCCAUUUCUUAAGUAUAUGUUAUCUGGCUUCAGCCACAUUUAAACACAAAAAAUACUUGGGUGUACCUUGUCCAAAUGGUUGUGUAGAUAUCACUGGUCCCAAAAGACUGCCCAUAACCAAGAAUAAUCCAUUUGAAUUGGUUGCGCAAAUUAAAGAGUAUUAUAUGGGCAAUGAUGCCCCCGAUAACGCUAGAGGUUGUUAUUGUUUGGACGUACCCUAUGUUCGACAUUGUCCAUUUACUGAUGUAACGUAAGAAAGAACAUAGUUUUUAUUUUUAGUUUUAAUUUUAUUGUAAUUUUGUUACUUUUAACCAAUUAGUUGUAUUAUUACUUAAUUUAAUUUAUUAUAAUUUAAAUAGUCUGAUUGUU